UUGGCUGCAAUAGAUAUCAUGUCAAUAUAGUAUCCGGUGUAAAGGGGUCGACAAAAAAAGACAAGUUGUUACGUUUGUUUUCAAUCUAAUUUUGUAAUCUUUUGAAACUUGUUAAGGCUGCAUAAACUACUUCAGGUGAUGCCAUAUUUAAUAACAUAACUUUACAGUUUUGAGUGUCUCGACACGUUAAAUAUUUGAGUCUGUAAAUAGCGAAGAAGACCUGGGCCAUUGUUGUCACUGCAAGGUCACCCCUGUACAAUCUAACCUUACCUGUCACACAAAUGGAAAUUAUUUUAGUGUUUUGAUUUACUCUAAAUCGCUUUUGAAAGUGCUUUUAAGAUGAGUGAUGGUGAAAAUGUAAAGCAGUUGAACUGUUUAAUAUGUAAUGUUGAAGUGUCAGUCAAUGCAAGCUAUAGUAUAUUUUAUACUGUUAUUCCUCACAGUGGCACUUUACUUGCAAAUUCUAUUCAGAAAGUGAUACGUAGAAAUGUAGAACAGUCCUCAAUACCUAGCACCUUUAUUUGUACAAAAUGUUUUGCAUUGUUUGAAGAAUUAGAUUAUUCAGAGGAAAAGUGCAUAAAGUUAAAGAAAGAUAUCUUAACUUGUUUUGCUAGAAGUUGUCAUGAAAAUGGGUAUGAUUUGGAGGAUGUUCAAGGUAUAGGAUGCCAGACUGAUGAUCAGCAUAACAAUGAAUCUAUAGAUUGCAUAAAUGCCUUGAAGGUUGAAAAGUGUGAAUUCAUAGGAAAUGAACCAGAAGGAAAAAAUGCUUCCCAAUCACUGAAUAGUGAAGAUGAAUCAAAAUACAAUGACAUCACUGCAUCUGACAAUCAAGAUGUUGAUAAAUCCAGCAGUAAUAAUAAUAAGGACCGUAGUAAAAGAAAAGGCAAUCCUCGAAAGAAAUCCCAAAAUGCAAAACCACAAGUAAAUGUAGCAGAAAGUAACAAAACUAGUACCUCUACAUCAGGAAAACAAUAUGAGAUAAAAACGAAGGAUGCACGAAGAAGACGACGUUAUGUUCAUCCUUGUAGGCUCUGUGGUCGUCUCUUCCGCCGUCCGUGUGAAGUGAAACAGCAUCUUUUAUCACAUGGUGGCGCAAAACCAUAUCAGUGCAGGGACUGUGGCAAAAGAUUUGGAUCAAAAUCUGGAGCAGGAAUUCAUGCAUUAAAACAACAUGGAAAAGAUGUAUCUGUUGAAAAUAUCAUAGAAGUGUGUCACAUUCCUUUAGAAACUGUUGCAGUAUCACUUACCCCAGCUACAUUAAAAGAGGUGGCCAGUCAUGUAAAAGGAAAUAGUGAUAAAGCAGAAGGUGACCCUGAUGGUAGUCAGUCAGACAGCAGUAGUUCAAGUGAUGAUGAUUUUGAGUGGAAGAUGGAUGAGGAUGUAUUUGAUAUGAGGAAUGAAGAAAAAGAGGAUAAAGAGAGAGAUACAGACAGUGAAGAUGCUCUUCUUUCCACAAAAGUUGAGAAGGAAGAUUCAAAUGGAAAUGUUACAAAGGAAGAGCAAAGCUCUGAAAAUGAUGUCAUGAAAGAAGAAAGUAAUGACCAUGUCCCAUUUGUAAAAGUAGAACCCAAAUCCUCUCGCUCUAAACCAGUCAAAAGAAAGACUGAAAGUGGUGAAAGGAAAAGAAAUAGCCGAGGAGGUGCUAAGGAGAAGAAACCAAAGAAGAGAGAUCCUUUUCCAAAACCACCAAAACAUGAGUGUACUAUUUGUGGUAAAAUGUGGAGAACAAUGAGUGAAUUCAAAUCCCAUGUAGCAACACAUAGUGAUGAGAGGCCAUUUAUCUGUGAGAUCUGUGGACAAGCAUAUAAGCAUAAAGCUGCUCUUGAUAUCCAUGUGGGCAUGCACAAUGGCAUCAAUCCGUUCAGCUGCCCAUUCUGCAAUAAAGCAUUUACUCAGAAAGGAGCCCUUCAGAGGCAUUUGCCCAUUCAUACUGGGGAAGCACCAUUUCAGUGUGAACUUUGUGGCAAGCGUUUUGUUCAUCACACAAGUUUCAACAUGCAUACACUGGCACACACUGGUCAGAAGAGCUACAAGUGUAAGGUCUGUGGGUUGGCACUUUUGUCAGGCUCACAUCUUAAGCGCCAUUCCCGUGUUCAUACAGGGGAGCGCCCAUAUCAGUGCCAGACAUGUGGUAAAAGAUUUGCUGAACGUUAUAACUUGGUUGCGCACAAUCGUAUUCAUGAUCCUUUGGGAGCCAAUGCCAGGGAAGGUAGUUUCAAGAAAAUACACAGAUGCCAACUUUGUGGUGCAGGUUUUGAUCGUAAACCAAAACUUGAAGACCACCUUGCAUUAAGCCAUAACAAAAUAAGUGACUCUGAUGAUAGCCGUAAAUGGGUUGGUCAUCUCAUCAGCAAUGAACUGAAUCAGCAAGCACCGUCUUCAUCAAAUGUUUCACUGGGUACUGGUCAGCUGUCUCUCCAUCAACCUAACCCACCCUUACCAACCGAUAUCUCCCGACGAAGAGGUGUCAAUGAUGGACACCUUCUCCUCCAGUCUCACCUCCAUGGUUCCGAAAAUGACAGCAAAACACUUAGCAACACAACUUCUCCUCACCAUCAUACACUGACUACUUUAAGGGCAGAGACCAAUCAACAUCAGCAGAGCUGGCAUCAUAUGAUCUUUGGAGGGAAGGUUAUGGACAGUGACAUGAUUGAAAGUUCUGGAAUGGAGAGUAAUGUUGCGAAGAUGGUUCCCAUUUCAGCAGUUUUGGAAAAUCAGCAUCGUAUCUUAUCAGAUAUGACUACUUUGGGUGGUGGGCUUGGCCCAGGACAGAGUGUAGGUAGGAACCUUCUGCCUUCAUGUUUAACUGGAGGUCACUCUUCACUCCCCCCACCUGUCAGUCAACCCCCACAUCACAUUCCAAAUGUUCCAAACCCUCAUUCAUCUCUGACACCUCGUGUUAAUAUGUUUCCAUCAGACAAUAACUGAGAACACUUAUUCGCAAAUAACAGUAGAGUAGAUUCUUGAUGAUUGGCAGCAGGUCCAAUGUGAUGUCUGUAAUGAACAUACAGCAUGCACUUUUCAUGUAUUUAUAGCAGCAUACAUCCUCAUAAAAUUGUCUCUUUCUCAAAGUGGAAGUCUUUUAUGCUUUAAUAAGAUCUUGUUAAUUUUUGUGCACACUUUAUUCUUGUUGGUAGGCAAAUCAAGACAAUAAUUAUGAUUACUAGUGAUUGAUGGUGAUGGAUUGUACGUAAGUGAUAUUUAGGGAGAAAGCUACUUGUAUUAUGGCCUACUUCCGGUACUGUCCUGGUAGUUGUCUGAAGAAGCAGAAGGAAACCUCGGUGAACCUAACUAUGACUGGCCUUAGUAUAUAAGUUAAACCUGUUCCUCAAAACUGAUACACAGUAGUUUGUUGCUAAUGGGAUUAUCAGAUACAUAAAUUUCAUACAUGUAUACUUAGCUGAUGUUUAUUUUUAAUUGUGAUUUAUUUCAUAAUACUGUUGUUUGACUUCUUAAUUUUUGCAUGUUUUAUUGUUUUUCAUUUGAAGUUAAUUGAAACAGUCUAAAUUCCAGCAUUAUAAUGCAGGAAGUUGGGUCCUUAGGUUUGUCUGUACUUAAAUUUUCCACAUAAUACAGACCCUUUCAGUUCAGAGAAUCCAUGAUGUUGAUUUGUUCCCCAAUAAGUGCACCAUUUCAGUUUGAUCUGGUGAUAUGCCACCCAAAUGAAGAGACAUCUGUAGCCAUUAAGAAGUGAAAUGUUCAGAUAUAAACAAAAGGAAGUUUCAGUUGACUUUUCAUUGAGGCUUCUUCAUACAUUUUAUGUGUUGUAUGUGGUUAGUGUACAACAUAAUCAUUAUAUAGUAAUGAAGACUGUUACAAACUCAAACAAAGAUGCCAUUUAUUUUUAACUGAUAUAAGGUAACAGUGAGAAACACUUUAUAAUUGUAAUUAAAAUAUAAAUAUUUUAUACUUUAUCUAGAUUUGUUAUCUCUUCAAUUCUUGGUCCAGUUCAUAUACUAAAUUAGGGUAUAUAUUAUUUCUUAAGAUGAGUAUCUUUGACAAUUUGAUUUGAGGCUGUACUUUGUUGCAAGCAUCAAAGAAGUGUAAAUUAAUUGAAUUUACUUAAUGGUUUUGUGUAGUUGGAUAAAAUGUCUGUUUCAGAUUUAGAACAAUAUAACAGCAUUACUCGAAAAUCAAACUAUAUGAGAGAAUUUUGUAACAUUAAUCUUGAAAUGACACCUUUACUAUUGUAAAUAUGAAAGACUUAAAAUUCAAUGUGUGUGAGACAUAUGGAUAUGCAGCCAAACUCUAAUCUGAAUAAAUCAGGUUUCAUCAGUCUCCAGAA